UUAAAUGCCUCACUCCGCGCUGUCCCUCUAGUAGCCGCGAAGUCUUGUGACUGCUGGAGGCACUCUCACCGUAGCAGGCGGCGUGUUGACUGAUCUCACCAACAGGGGCUUCUGUGUAAGCUGAGGCUAAGCAAACACAGAUGGAUCUCCGCGCACAUUCACAAAAAUGCUGGCAAUGCGGCACGGAUUUCAGAUGACAGUCUGAGCACAUGCGAGCCACACACACGCCUUCGCGCCCUGCUUGUUUCUUAGGCAAUAGAACUUCUCAGUGCAAGCUCGGAUACCUGGCUUGAAAGAAGCUGCAAUUCGGGAGGCAGGAAUCAGACGCGACUUUCCCGAUUCACUACAAGCGCGCAUCACUAAAACAUGAGGAAUCCGCAAACUGCCCUGGAGGGAGGCUGGAAAAACUUUUGCGAGACCGAGAUCGGCAGCAUUAAGAGACUGAAAAGGAAAAGCAAAGAUGCGCUGCGGUCACCCAACGGCGUCAAGACUUUCAAGGAGGACGCCGACUUCCAGGCGCGCUUGUUGAGCGUCGUGACAGAGAGGACCGCUCGGACUUUGAAUGACGAUGGGACGUUGGACACAAUCGCUGCUCCCGAUUCCACAAUGGACAUCAGGAGACGCACUCUUCACGUAAGGAGCGCUACGUUGCAGUCAGUGUCCACAUCGCUAACGUCCCCGUCAGCGCCAGCUGACAAGCCAGGCAGAUCGGCGCAAGUCGUAUGUUUCGGGGAGCAACAGCAGUCUGUUAUAUCGGAGUCGAACUUGCGUUCCCGCAUUGGACUCUGCUCACGCCCGCCAGAAGAUGCGUUCAUGUCUCCACCGCAGGCAUCCUACAUCAGCAGCGGCAGCAGCAGCUUAGGGGACUCUGCCGCAUCGCCGCGGAAAAGACUCGGGGAAAAUGUGGGCGAGAUCAAAGCAGUCCAGCAGACUAGAAGGCUGCUGGCUAACGCUCGUGAGAGGACCAGGGUGCACACGAUCAGUGCAGCUUUCGAGGCGCUAAGGAAACAGGUACCUUGUUAUUCAUAUGGGCAGAAACUGUCUAAACUGGCCAUCCUGAGGAUAGCAUGUAACUACAUUUUGUCCUUGGCUCAACUUGCUGACCUGGAUUACACAUCUGACCACAGCAAUUUAAGCUUUUCUGAAUGUGUGGAUCAGUGCACUAGAACUCUCCAAGCUGAAGGCAGGUCAAAGAAAAGAAAGGAAUAGCAAGAAAGAAGACAUGGCAUUAUGGGACUUCAGUUUAUCAGGCUUGGCAAGGACUUGUUGGAAAUGUUCACAGGCCAUCACUAUGCACAGAGCGUCUUGUCAUUCAAAGGACUGUUUAUGAUCAAGGGGCUUACUCGUUCAAAAAAUGAGUUUUCAUUUUUAUUUUUGGUUUGUUUAUAUUAACAGUAAUUUGUGCAAUUUUUGUGGCACUUUUUUCUGGGAUUAGAUAGAAAUUAGUUUAAUUUUCUUUAAGGAAAAGACCUGAUCAUCUGUUAAAUAUUUUAAAAUACAGAUUUUUUUUCUGUAUAGACUUUUCAGUGAAGAGUAAAAACUAGUUUACAUCACGUGAAAGUGUUUUAUUGUGUAUAAUCCUAAUUAUUAUUAUCAUUGACAAGGUAAAUAUAUAUAUAUAUAUUUAGACACAAUUUGUGCUGCCUUUUUUGCUUAUUUUACUACACCGCAUUAUACAAGCAUGCUUUCCAAUAAUAUACAACUUAAAGUAAUAGCAAAAUAGAGAAAACUGGUGAUGGCAAGCAAUACAUUUGUAUUUUACAUCUCACAGCUCAAAUUUUGCUCAAUCUGAACGUCUAAGGUGACAUUUCCACUGAAUUUAGAGGGAGAGACAUAAGCAAACGUGCUCACAAGUGCAUACUUAGGAUCUCAAUGUAGACAAAAGACGGGAGGACGUGGAGGACAAACUGGAGGCUGAUUAACUGAACUAUCCAAGGUCACACAGUUGGCCGUGAGAUCCGUCAUUUGCAUUUUGAGUGAAUGUCACAGGAACGUCAGCUAUCACCCCCAAUCCGCAGAACACAUGUGGUCAUCACGUUGUAAUUUCAUGAGUGUGGCAGCCAGCUUCUCAUUCAGCACAUCUAAACAGACAACAGAGUACUAGAAGGUGUGCAGAAGUGAGAAAACAAAUGCAUUCCUGAACUCAAUGGAAUGUCCUUCUCGGACACAGUAAGAGAACUGAACCUCUUAAGUUUUAAACAAAGAAAGAAAUUGUAUAUUUGGACCUUCCAAAUUCAAAAAGCUUAGGAGCAUGCACUGAUACAGCGCGUCGGCGCACCCACCACAUGACAAAUCAAAAUUCAGAAAACUAUUUGUAAAUUUGAUUCAACAGAAACCUUUUAGCUAAGCAGUGAAUCAUAUACUUAAGGGCAACAUUGAAAAUUGAGGGAAAGUGCUUUCUGUCACCAGCGAGUAUGCUAAAAAAAAAAAAA